ACUGUAACUGUGCAUCUUUGUUAAUGAUUCCAAUUUUCACCCUGCUGCCUGAAAUUUCUGGUAAACAAGCUGUGUGUAAGCCACCUCACAAAGGUGUUGAUGUAUCACCGACACAUCCACUCUGAGUGUGAAGGGGCUUAACAUGUAACCUAAAGAUGAAGACACGUCAUCAGAAGUUGUUGUUGACUACUGGCGGCGGGUAUCUUUAUCGUCAGAUUAUGAUAAAGUUGAUGAAUGAGUCAGGAUAAAUGACUUAUCCUUCUAGUCACGCGGAUCCUGUUUGUGAAGGAUGAUGGAGGGGGAGUGUGGGGAGGGCACUGGAGCCUCAUGUUGUGUCCCUGGGACAUGCUGAGGUCCUCUAUACGUCACAGGGGGCGGAAAAUCCUGCAUACCUCACAGCCCCCGGUGCAUGUAUCCGUGUGUGUGGAAAAGAAGCAUGCGUUUAUCAGUGUGUAUGUGUACUUGCACGUACGUGUAGGAGAGAGUAUGCGUGUAUGACGUGCACACGGGUGUGUGCGUGCGUCUGCACGUUCUUCUUAGUAAAGACCGCCGACUUCCAGAGUAAAUCCAAAUCGAAAGUUGAGGUAUCAUGUGAUAUCAUGUGACCUCAUGCAUUAUUAACCAAUGGCUUGAAGUUGUUCCGGAAGCCGCCAUCUUGCACUUACCUGGGUCAGCGUCUGGCGUCGGCGAUAACCUGCUGUGACUAAUAUCGUCGAGAGAGGAGAGAACCAUGGCGACUGGGGGCGCAACCGAUGACCCACAUGUGUGUGGCGUGUGUCUGGAGUCGUACAGGGGCCGCAACCCCAAGCUGCUGCCCUGCUACCACACCUUCUGCCUGUCGUGCUUACGUGACCUGGAGACACGGGCAACGCUGACGAUUUCCGGAUCACAGAGAGCUGAGGACGAUGACCAGGAAGUGAGCGAACAGAAAGGACCUUGACUUUUCCUUGUCCAACAUGCCGACAAGACAUUGUGGUGCCUCCUGGCGGCGUAAACCAGUUUCAGACCAACUUUUACCUGGAUCACGAGGAAGGUCCCGGGCAGGAUCCUUGCUGUGUGGCUUCUGUGACGAGGGUCAGGAGGCUCGGUACGUGUGCACCGAGUGUAAAAAUAACCUGUGUCUUCGAUGUCAGCGAUGUCACGAAAAACUCAUGCCUGGCCACACCCACUGCGUGCAACCUUUGACCUCCAGGCGUCAGCUGACCUCGCAGGACGACCACAACCUGCCGUACGAGGAGAGGUGUCUGAGCAAUGAUGCUGCUGGAGGCGGCCCUGGCUCGCAUGGGAGACGACGAGGGAGACGUGCGACGACAACGCAAAGCGGCAGACAACGACAUCAGCAGACGCGUCGACGGCGUGAGGGCGUUGCUGAAGCAGGCAGAGGAACAAAGCCGGCGGUCGCUGGCCGACAUGGCCAGAAACGAGGACGGAAAAUCCGGGAGGAGAUGAGCGUGGCUCGCAGAAAACACAUCCAGUUGUCGCAGCUGCUUCUGAUGAAGGAUUCCCCCGCAGCUGCGCCCGUGACGUCAGCAAACGUGCAGCAGAGUCUCCUGGGUGACAGCGAGCUUCAGUUUUAUCAGCAGCUCAGAGACAGGCCAUCCGUGCAGUUCGUGCACACCUUCAACGAGGAGGCUCUUGAUCUGAGUAGUCUUCAGAGCUAUGUCGGCACGGUGUACGACAAGUAUGAGCCUGGUGCAGCUGACCCGAGCCAAAGCGAGGCUACAGAGGUAAGGUGUGAACCAGUCCACGGCUCCGUCCCUGACACAGUCACCGUCUGACGCGCUGACAGCUCCAUCAGCGAAUGACGUCAUUGGAGGAAGAGAACGAGCGGUUGCGAGGGCUUGUCGAUGCUUUACGUCAAGAUUACAACAAGAUGGCGGACGAAAGCUGCAGGCUGCAGGAAGACGUGAGUGGCAUUCGACGUAAUUUGGGGGAUCUCGGUGGAGAUAACUCUUGGGUGCAGCAAGACGUCAGUGACCUACACACUAGUCUUGAAGUGGUUAAAGGCAGCGUCGCCACUCUUCUGGAAAGCAACUCACAACUGCAUCAGCAUUUUACAAACUUGGAUAAAUCUUUCACAGGAUUAAAAGAGAAAUCAAGCAAAUUGGUUGGUUUUCAAGCUAACCUGACCUCUCUUUCAUCGGUAAACACUCGGGGUCCGCUCGUCUUUAAUGAUGUCAAGUCCAACGUGGGCAACGGCUACAACAUCAAAGCCGGCGUCUUCAAGGCUCCCAUCUCUGGUAUCUACCUGUUCAUCGCCACUGUCCUCAGGCCGUCAACAAGCGGCGACGCUGAAGUCUACAUCGUUGUGGACGGAACUCAGGUCACGAAGUCAGUGCCCUACGAGAGCGAGACGGGGGAGGGCGCAAGCUGCACGUGUCACGUGGUGCAGAAGCUGCGUGCAGGCCAGAAGGUGUGGACGAGGGCUUGGAGUGUGGGGGACAUCAGACUGCUAGGGGGAGUGUCAUUCAGUGGCAUGCUGAUACAGCCUGAGAUGGAAACACCAUGAGCUUAUUGUACAACAGUCAGGCCAGGUCUGGUGUCAACUAGGAAUGGUGCUGAUACUGAUGUCAAAUAAAUGUCAAAUCUUUUGAUGAGGCGGCAACUGCUAGCAAUCUCUACUAGCGAUAUUAAUCAAGAAAUAAGAGACAACUGUCUAGGUGGAGCUGAGCUGCAGGAGGACAGGAAGUACAUGUCUGCUUGUAAAAUGCAACGCCUGAGUAUGACAUAUUGCUUACUUUAUUAUGUAUGUUUCUUCUGCCUCUUCUGGCUUAAACUGUAUUUGUAUAUACAGUAUAUAUACAUAUUAGUGUAUAUGUAUAGUUCGUGGUUCUAGAAGUCCUGGUCAUAAGGCUGAACUGGUCGAACGAUGUGGUCAUGUGAUUCAGGAUUCAGUUGUUCACUUCGGUCUGAAAUACCUUUAUGAGUCAAGCAUACUGUAUGCUGUGGGUUUUUCAUGUACAUAAUAAAAGCUUAACAUAAAUCGU